AUGGCGCCUCUCCACAGCGAAACCCAGCAACUUUACCGCCGCGAUGCCUCGUCUUCGGCAGAGGUGCCUCUAUGGGCAUUCAUCAUCAUGACAUUGUGGGCACUUGCCCUGAUGGUGUUUGUUGGCUUUAUAUUGUGGCGUCCUGCGCUUUUGCUGCGCGAGCUCAACCUUCGGCCGCAGGAGGACAAGUCGGACGAGUGGCGAUAUCUCGAACCACUUAACGAUACUGACCGUCGGCAAUCACGGAUUCGUCGUGUCUUCAGCAUGAGGUCCAACAUCAACCGGUGGCGUAACGGUGUGCAACCAGGCAGGCAAAGCAUCGCAAUGAGCAUACAAGAAGGAGAGCCAUCGGAUUAUAAUUAUGCCCCGGCUUCGGCAAGACCUGUGUCUCAAAUGCAACGGAUUACAGAGGAUGAGCAGCAGGAUGAUUCUGGAACCACGCAGGAGUCAGAGCGACACACGACCCAGAAGAAGGAAACCGACAAAAGGAACAAUGGCACACCCCUGGAAGAAACUCCACCAAAGGUUCUCAGCAGCUCAGGGCUGACAUAG